UGGAGCCUGGAGGAGCCCAGCACAGAGCCCCGGAGGGUCCGCCCGCAGCAGGAGCUCUCCGCAGCUGCCAAGCUGGAACUAAACGUGAAGACCGGGAGCGCCGGGCCCGCGGCUGGUGCCCAGCGGCUCCACCAGGCGGAGACCCGGACAGAGAGCAAGCCCGCCGCUGCGACCUCCUGUAGGAGUGGCCGAGCCAGGAGCGUGCUGCGCUGGUUCUCCACCGCGGUCCUGUAUGCCGCCUUCCUGGGGCUGGGAAUGAGUGUUGCUAUACUGGGACCCACAUUUCAAGAUCUGGCAGCGAACGUGAACAGAAAUAUCAGCGGCCUGUCUCUCAUUUUUGUGGGCCGGGCCACUGGGUUCUUGUGCGGCAGCAUGAUUGGUGGGGUUCUCUUUGAUCACAUGAAUCAGUUCUUCCUUUUGGGAGUGUCGAUGGUGGCAACGGCAGUGGCCCUUUAUCUCAUCCCUUUCUGCAAGACAGCAGUCUUACUGAUGGUCACCAUGUCUGUCUUUGGGGCUUCUGUUGGUGUUGUGGACACAGGUGCAAAUGUCCUCAUCUUGGCUAUUUGGGGAGACAAAGGAGCCCCACACAUGCAGGCCUUGCACUUCAGUUUUGCCUUGGGUGCUGUCCUGGCUCCCCUGCUGGCUAAAUUGGCCUGGAGUACCUCAGAAUCCACUCAGAACCACACAGAGUCUGACUUUGACCCUCUAAUGCUGAACCGAUCCUCUGAAGCCAGCCCAGACUCUCUGUUUGCGGUACCUGAGAACAUGAAUCUGCUGUGGGCGUACACUUCCACCGGCACCUAUAUUUUAGUAGUUUCUGUCUUUCUGUUUGGUCUGUUUUGUAUUAAACACUCAAGGCAGAAAAAGAACACAGAUUCUGCUCAGGGUGCUCGAAGAGCUAAAUAUCACAGGACACUGCUCUGUCUCCUCUUUGUCUUCUUCUUCUUUUAUGUUGGAGCUGAGAUAACAUUUGGCUCUUACCUAUUUUCCUUCGCCACCACCCAUGUUGGCAUGAAAGAAAGUGAAGCAGCCGGUUUGAACUCCGUCUUCUGGGGGACCUUUGCAGCCUGCAGGGGCCUGGCCAUUUUCUUUGCAACAUUCUUACAGCCUGGAACCAUGAUUGUGUUGAGCAACAUUGGCAGCCUUGUCUCAUCUUUCUUUCUGGUGCUUUUUGACAAGAGCCCUCUCUGCCUCUGGAUCGCGACUGCUGUGUAUGGAGCCUCGAUGGCAACCACAUUUCCCAGUGGAGUUUCCUGGAUUGAGCAGUACACUACCUUAACUGGGAAGUCUGCAGCAUUCUUCGUAAUUGGUGCCUCUCUAGGAGAUAUGGCGAUUCCUGCAGUCAUCGGAAUUCUUCAAGGAAACUACCCAGACCUGCCAGUGGUUCUGUACGUCUGUUUUGCAUCAGCCAUAUUCACUGGAGUUAUAUUUCCCGUGAUGUAUAAAUUAGCCACCUUACCUCUGGAACGUCAGCGCAAAGGAAAAAGAAAAGGCGAGGACCAGAAAGCUUUGUCCACUAGUUCUAGACUGUGAGCGAGAGACUAAACAGGAAGAUGAAAAAAAGAAAAUAAUGAAAUGGAUUUUGAAGUGGUGGAAAUGAGUGACCCAGUGAGGCCAUCUGUAAUAGGAUCGUCUAGAGAUGUUCUGUUGGAACCCAUAGAAGGGCCCUUCUGCUCAGUCCUCUGCAGUUAAUAAAGGCAACUCCCUGAGACACUCCAGACAAAAAGGAUGUAUACUUAGAGAGGAAGAAUUCCUUAAGGAAUUCACUAAAUAAAGCGUUCAAUCAUCUAGAGAGUGAGGAUUUUUCAAUACCUGCUGACAUUCAUGCUUUCUGGGUCUACUUAUAGAGAAAGCUAGAGAAUUUAGAAACAUGUUCUGUGAUUCUCAGUCAUCCAUAAGAUCUUGCUAGGAGAUUCGUUCUGACAGACGCAUACACAGGUAAUGUUGAUAGUCGCCACCUUUCAGAGAAUGUAAAGAAGACGGUUGGGUUGGGAAGCUGCGGGGUGUGCCAACAGCAGACAGAUGUGCUCAGCAGUGAUCACCCACCUGUGUUCUGCCAGGUGUUCCGGGAGUGUUCUUCUGAAAGCAUCCUUGUAAGGGUCCGACAUUUCCACAGCUGCUGUAGGGCCGGGUCACAGAGUACCAGGGGCAAUGGCUGGUCUCAGGUUUUUAUUUCUACAGAGGAAACACAGAGCAAGGUUUAAGUUAUAUGUGGCUUCUCAACAGGACUCUGCCUCUCAGGUCUGCCCUGAGGCACUCAACACAGGCCUCUGUGUCCUCUCCAGAUCCUGAAUUUCUAUAAAGGAAGAUGAGAUG